AUGCCCUCCGUCUUCUCGUUGACAUCCUUAAUGGACGCCUUCACGAUCAUGCUCAAUACAUCUCUCGUCGAUCCAGAAUCAUGCAAUCGACCAAAUGUGAUUCAAUUACAAACAAUGCACAGUCGUCGAAGCUCGACAGACUCUACGAAAUCUCAGCUUUCGAUGGUGAAAUACGACCAUUCUUCUCUGAAGUUCGUGGGCUUAAGAGGUUCCGUUGUAGUCUUCCAGAGGUUCUUCCGAAAGCUCGAGGUCACAGUCGAACCACCGGAAUCGUUUGGAACCCGUGUAAAAGAUCUUUGCACUCCCCCCUUGUCUCUUUAA